AUGAGUCUCAAAGUCCCGACUCGCCAGGCCAAUGGCACUUCGGCUACAACAGCUUCGACGAAGGCUGUCAUCCUUGUCGGCGGACCCUCUAGGGGAACCCGUUUCAGACCACUCUCUCUCGAUGUACCCAAGCCUCUCUUUGACGUAGCGGGACACCCCAUCAUCUGGCACUGCCUACGAGCUGUAGCCAAAGUACCGGGCAUCCGAGAGGUCAUUCUAGUCGGCUACUAUGACGAGAGUGUGUUUCGAGAGUUCAUCAAAGACUCUGCAAGAGAGCUGCCCCAAAUACGCAUACAAUAUUUACGAGAAUACCAAGCUCUAGGCACAGCUGGCGGCUUAUACCAUUUUCGUGAUGCCAUUCUCAAAGGUGGUCCAGAUCGCUUCUUCGUCCUCAAUGCCGACGUCUGCUGCUCUUUUCCACUCGAGCAGAUGCUCAAGCUCUUCGAAGAGAAGAAGGCAGAGGCCGUAAUCCUUGGUACAAGGGUUAGCAAUGAUGCUGCGACAAACUUUGGGUGCAUUGUUUCGGAUGCACAAACGAAACAAGUCCUCCAUUACGUCGAGAAGCCAGAGUCACACAUCUCGAAUUUGAUCAAUUGCGGUGUCUACCUCUUCUCGACGGAAACCAUAUUCCCCUCCAUCAGAUCUGCAAUCAAGCGUCGUGCAGACCGACCCCGCCUCGUUUCCUAUCCAUCAUCUGAGAACUUGGAUUCUUCGUUCUUCGCCGAGAAGCUGGAGGACGGAGAGAAGAACGAGGUGCUCCGCCUAGAACAAGAUAUCCUGUCCGACCUAGCGGACAGCAACCAAUUCUUCGUCCUUGAAACCAAGGACUUCUGGCGUCAGAUCAAGACUGCCGGCUCAGCAAUACCAGCUAAUGCUCUAUACCUCCAGAAAGCUUUCCAGUCUCAGUCGGAAGAGCUCGCUGCUCCGUCAGCUAAUAUCCUACCACCAGUGUUCGUCCACCCUACAGCAGAUGUCGACCCCACCGCCAAGCUUGGCCCAAAUGUCUCCAUCGGUCCCCGUGCAGUCAUCGGCGCUGGUGUUCGAGUCAAAGAGUCUAUUGUUCUAGAAGACGCGGAGAUCAAGCACGACGCUUGCGUGCUAUACUCGAUCAUCGGGUGGAAUAGCCGUGUAGGAGCCUGGGCUAGAGUUGAGGGCACGCCAACACCGGUUGGUAGUCAUACAACAAGCAUUGUCAAGAACGGUGUCAAAGUGCAGAGCAUCACUAUUCUGGGGAAAGAUUGUGGGGUUGGUGAUGAAGUGAGGGUGCAAAAUUGCGUCUGCUUGCCUAAUAAAGAGUUAAAGCGAGAUGUUACGAACGAAGUCAUUAUGUAA